GUGUGUGUGUGUGUGUGUGUGUCAGUGUGUGUCAGUUCAGAAUAACACAUUAGUUCGUCUAACUCUUAUUUCGAAAUGUAGCCGGAUGUGGUGUGUUAGAUUUCCUCUCCAUUGACACCGGUCCGAGCAGCAGGUUCUCCGUCUCAGUCUUGUGCUCUCCACUUUCCUCGCAUCAUUCAGGCGGGUGGCGAUGUGAGUGUGGCUACGUCCCGGUCUCCCCAGUCCGGCUUCCGCUCAGGAUGGAUCAGAGGAGAGCAGAAACGGACUGCAACACUGGCAGCAGCCCGGUAACACUAUACGGGGAAUUCACGGUCACUGGUAACCGAAAAGUCAGGUGUGCUGUGAGCCUGACCGAAAGGGACCUCGUUGUCCAGAAGCUCACGUCGGCACCUGUCGGGCGGAACAAGGUGGUGCUCAGCCUUAAGGACUGUGUCGGCUGCCGGGCUUACCGGGAAGAUGACAAUGCGGAUCAGGCGGCGUACGUAUCAGCCUACUUUUACCCGCUCAAACGCCGCUGGAUGAGUUCCGGGGUGUCGCGGCAGAGAGUGGAGCACUGCUUUCGGCUCGCUGCGCUCCAGGACCCUCGCGCUAACCUGGAGGAGGCAGAGAAGUGGGCUCGCGCUGUCCGAGAACGCGCUGGCCGGCAACAGUAUCUAAGAGACGGCGUGUUGAUGGGCGAGUUGUCUCGGCCAUGUCGGAUGAUGCUGCUAGUGAAUCCACAGAGCGGGAAAGGACAGGCGCUCACCCUGUACAACAACCACAUUCAACGCAUGCUCAACGAGGCCGGUGUCCCACACACUCUGGUCAUCACUGAGCGGCAGAACCACGCCCGAGAGCUGGUGAAAGAGGCCGACCUGUCUCAGUGGAGCGCUUUAGUCAUUAUGUCAGGCGACGGACUUCUGCACGAGGUGAUAAAUGGUCUGCUGGAGAGACCAGACUGGGAGGACGCCAUCCAGACCCCGCUGGGUAUCCUUCCUGGUGGAUCAGGCAAUGCCUUGGCUGCGUCCAUACACCACUACUCUGGAGCUUCUCCGGUGUCCAGUGAAGAGCUCCUGGUCAGCUGUGGUUUCCUGCUCUGUAAAGGACUGGUGUCCCACAUGGACCUGGUCUCCGUCCAUCUCUCCUCAAGCCCUCGUCUCUUCUCCUUCCUCUCUCUGGCCUGGGGCUUCGUCGCAGACGUGGACGUAGAGAGUGAGAAGUACCGUCACGUGGGAGCUGCCAGGUUCACUGUGGGCACGCUGGUGAGGCUGGCUUCUCUCCGCGUCUACAAGGGCAAGCUGGCUUACCUGCCCGCCACCAAGGACUACAGCAACGAGAGAGGUUUGAGAAACAACAAGACGCUGCACUGCAACUAUCAGGCUUCCUCCCUGAGUCCAGCCUCUCUGCUGUGCCGCCAGUCCAGAGACUCUCCCUGCAAGAACACCUUCCACAACUCCUGCCACUCCAACAACUCCCUCAAAGUGCGGAGGAGAGAGAGCACGCCUUCCAAAAGCGCCACCAAAGCUGUCCCCGGCCCAUCUGACUCCCUGCUACUGCCCCUGGAGCAGCCGCUGCCCAGCGACUGGGUGGUGGUCCAGGAGGAAGACUUUGUCCUCAUGCUGGCCAUGUACCAGUCCCACCUGGCAGAGGACCUGCUGGCAGCACCGGACGCCACCUUGGACGACGGCGUCAUCCAUCUUUUCUACGUCAGAGCAGGAAUAUCACGCACCGCUCUGCUGAGGCUGUUCCUAGCUAUGGAGAAAGGCACACAUCUGGCGACUAAUUGUCAACAUCUGGUUCACACUAAGGUGCGGGCACUCAGGCUGGAGCCGUAUUCACCCAAGGGGAUAAUAACAGUAGAUGGAGAAGUGGUGGAAUAUGGGCCGGUGCAAGCAGAGGUGCACCGAGGUUUGACAAGAUUAAUCACUGGAUGAACUUAAUGAACAAACAUCACCAGCUUUCAUCUUUGCUUUUAAAGGCUGAUGGCGUUUAAUAAACAAAUUUUAGCAUUUCAAAUCAGAAAUGAACAGGUACAGCAGCAAAGCAAUGGAUGUAAGACUCAUUCACUUUUAUCUGCAAUGUUGUGCUUUCAGCGGUACACCCAUGUUUUUAUAGAAGAUGCUGUGAUGUUUCGAUGGGAUAUUACAGCCAACAAGUGCCGUGUAUGGAGACCCAAAGUGUCCAAUAUUUGAUAAAUGAAUAAGGAUGAAUAAUCAUAUGAAUAAAUGCAGAAAAAAUAUGGAAUAUAAUUAUGAAAUUGUGACAAAAUCUAAUGCAUUUUUCAAACUUAUUAAUAUGAAAUGUUGUUUAAUCCCACUUCUUUUCACAAUAAGAGGAUGUAUUGCAGGUAUUAUUAUUUUAAAUUGUUCUUUGAUCACAUAUUGUUUCACACCGUCUUUAUCUUUCAAUCAAGACAAACAGGGCAGAACCAGUGAUGUGACUGUGGCUUCUGUCUCAAUACCCAGAAAGACGUAAGAGGCUCUGACUGGUUUGUGUUGACUGACAGUCAAAGACUUUGUUACAAACCCACGGAAGCCCUGAAUAAUAUAUAUAUUUAUGGUAAAGAUAUUACCUUAAAAAGAAAACAAACUUCUUAAGUCAUUGUCUUAUAAAAUAAUAAUAAUAAUCAAAAUAAUAAAAAAUCAUCUCUCAGGGGCUCCGUAUGCAGCAGACUAAACAUUUAAGGCCAUUUUAUUAUAUUAAAUUUAGAUUCUAAUGAAAUUAUUUUGAUUAACAGGUUGCAAUCUGCUAUGCAUGUACAUUUUACAACCAGCCAAUCCAAGAAAACUGCUGGAAUAGUGGAAAUGACCUGCAAAAUACUCUGUUAGUGUGAAAAGAAAAUAUACAAUUUCAUAAUGAUGAGCAGAUUUUACAAUUUAAUGCCUAUCUUUAUUUAAUAUUUAACACUUUGGUGUCUCCAUAGCCACAAUUGAGCGUACUGUAGUAGUAGUGUUAGCCUCACUUUACAGACACAGACACAUACAAAGUCACAUUUCAUCAUCUCAUGAUGAAGUGUUUAGCCUCCAUGGAAAUAAAUCCAUCACCAUCUUUAGCCUACAGUAUCUCAUCUUGUUUAUCGCUGCAUGGAGAGCAUGUCUUCUCUGUCCUGAAUCUGGCAUACCAGCUUGAAUUACAGCAUCUUAUGCAACAGCUAAGGAUUGGAUUUAUGCGUUCACAGCUCCUCUGCGGAACGAUGGAGACAGUUUGUGUGGAGUGUGUGGAGUCAUUGCCCUGGUUUGAACAGAGGUGAUCAGGCUUUGUGACUGUUUAUUGAAAACACAGGGUUAUUGGUAGUUGAGUCUGAGAGGAUGGUGCUCAUCUACUCUGCCACGGCACGUUGCUGAGUAAUGUGGAGGAACAUGUACCUCCAGUUUGUGCUGCAACAGAGAUAAAAUGAUCCCAGGAAGGCAUAUUGUGUAAUACAUCAUUAAAUGUAACUAUUUAUAUUUAAUUUAUUACCUCACAUCAAGGCUGUUUGGGAAGGUCCCACUGUUUGGUCACCAGACCAGUACUGUUUCAGAUCUGUUGCCUUAAAAUCACAUUAGCGUCAACCUUGUUUCCUAAACCAACCAUGUUACCUUAAUUUCACUUGACAACAGAAUCAUUUCCGUCACUCCACUUCUUUUAUCUUGCGUUUUUUAUAUCUUGAUUUUAUUCUCAUAUAAAGUUAAAACAACUCGUUAAAAGCAGCAGUGAAAUGAAUGUGAACAGCGAGACUUCAACGUAUUUAAAGGGUCACUUCAAUAUUUUCAUUUUCUUAUGAACCUCUAGUGGCAUGUAUUUUUAAAAUUUUUUUGGUAAAUUUAUUUUAUUGGGAAGAGAUUUGCAGCAUUAAAUAAUAACAGUAACAAUUCAUUUACAAUGAUGUUUCCAUCGUUCACUCCCGGUGGAGAAUUCAUUUCUAGUUCUAGAUCUUUACUAGAGCUCAAAGAAAAUACUGAGCCGUUAAUCCAGCUAUUCAUUGCACUCUGUGUAAUCACAGGGUUCAUUUAAUUGGUUGCUGGCAUUUCUCCUGUCCUUGUGUGUCAGUGGCUAAAAUCAGCGACCACUUCAAUGGCACUAAAGAGAGAAGAAGAAAAAGAAAAGAAAUCCUUGAACUGAAGUAGAUGCAGCAAUGACGGUUUGAAGUGGUGCUCCAAAAAAAGACGAGCUGAACGUCAUAGAUUGACAGUAACUGUGUGAAAGUGUUCAGUGGCUGCAGCUCUCGGCUGACUGAUGUGCUCCACGGCUGCAUCCUAACGUACUACUCGUCUUCUUCUUCCUUCUCUCCUGCUUUCACCCAUUCAACUGCUGCUCAGAGUACUGCAGUGCUCUGCAGAGCAGUCCCAGGCCUCAGCUGCUUUUCAGACACACACACGCAGACAGACUCUCAGUGGGGGAUUUAUUAAUAACCAUCACCUAGGUGUCCUUACCAUUGAGCUUUAAGUCACAUGGAAGAAAUGAUGACUAAGUGUUCUGGCCUACACAUGUUAAUCCAAAUAGAAAAGUUUAGUUUCGGGUUGAAUGAGUUAUGUUUAAUUAAAUUAACAAAUAUCUUAUCUGGACACAAAUUUUCUCUGACUGUACAAUAGUCAACGUGAAAUAUACUGUAGGUGCUGCCUUAAACGGUGGGUUUGGGGGUUAAAGCUGGUUGAAACAGCACAUUAGUAAGUGUGUGGAGAAAGACAGAAUAAAAGGAGGGAGGAGAGAGAGAAGGGUAUCGACUUGUUAAAUGCUGCAUGAGGGAGUGGCGUUGUGUUUCUGACAGGGCGCCCUCAUUCUCCCUCCUCACCACAAGAAAUCAUUCGGGAGCAUUAGCGAACUGUUCUGACGCUGUGAGAAAAAGAGGAGGGUGUUUCUACCUGAUGAACGAACACACAAACACAGUAACAGUAAAAUUAGGGAACCUGAACCAUUAUCUGGUUUUAAAGAUGAUGUCUGUCGAUUUAAAUAUGAACGAGGAAGGUCAGAUUGUGAAGCCUUGAUGUGCCUGUUUUUAUCAACAUGCCACGACUACGUUUGACACUGUAAAGAAGUGAUUUAUUAUGAAAGACCAACAUUUAUUUCUGUUAUACAUGUUUCUGCACAAUGUAAGUUUGUUGCCAAUGACUUUGAGUUCAUUAAACAGGCUUUAAUUUCGUUAAAUUAUGUUUACUUAUGACAACAUGUGUUCAUCUGAAAAUUGAGAAGCACAUAAGAUGGAAACAGUACUUGAAAACAUGCUUGUUGCGCUUUGCUUUUGCUCUUGCUUUAGUGGACAAAUGUGGCCUGUGGUAACAAAACCUUUGAUUUUACCUGCUGAAAUUGUUGCAUCUGAAAAAAAGGUGUAAAAUGAUCCAAUAAUUCAUCAGAAAAAUGAGACACCAACAGUUUUUUGUGUUUUCGGUUGUUUUUUCCUGGUUGGGAACCACACGUUUGUUUUCUUCUUCUUUUUUUUUUUACACCACAGAGAGCUACAGACCACUUUCAUCUUUUUUUGCUAUGCAAAGUCGGAUUUGUUGAGUGAUGCAGCGGUCCAUUUAUCUGUUUGAUGUGCCUUGAUUGUGCUGCCUCCUGCUGGUUAGAACUUGGUGGUGCAUCCACUGAUUUACCAUUUGCAACUGGCUGAAUUUGAAAGUCAACUAAUUUUAUCAUCACCGUUUUUAAAUCUGAUACGCUCAGAGGAACAGACAAAAACUAAAGACUGAGUCAAAAGAAAUCAUCUGUACUCUUGUCAGAAACUGUUUAAUAACGAGACCAAGGUGCCGCCUCAUCAUGUAAUCUUCAGCAUUUCUUCUCAUCAAGGAGAAGAAACUGGAGUGAGUCCAGCUUCCCUCUGCAGGCCAGUGUGAUUGAAAGUCUGUUUGUCACAGGUAAAUCAGACUAAUAAAACAAAAUAGGAAGAAGGACCUGAUGUACAUUCCUCUGUCAGAAACCUGGAGAUAGAAGAAACUCACUUUCGUCUGACUGUUGAUUUGCCAAUUGUCUUUAUCUGCUGCUUCUGAACUAUUGUUGUAUUGUGUGUUUAAAUGUUUAUGGUGAAGGGAAAACUGUUUUUAUUUUUUCUUGCACACUGAAGAUUGAAUGAUUCUUUAUUCCAAGAGAGAUCUAUUUUUCCAUUUAGACAAAUGUCUGUAAUUUUCUAUCAUCAAAUCGAACAUUCUGCUGGAGUGUUUUUGAUCAAAAAAUGAAAUAAAUGAUGACAAAUAA